AGCUCGCAGCAUCUCACGUUCAGUUGUCCGCGCGUCUUUUACAGUCGUCACAUCGCUGUUUAUAAUCUGACUGGAGUAACUCUCAGACUACAAAUGACAAUCCAGAGGAUGUGAUAAGAGUCUUCAUGCUCUAACAAGUGGUCGGUUGAGGGUUCGAGUCGCAGGCAGCAUGAACGCGGAUUGCGCGGGAUAUUACAACGCGGAGAACGUGUAUGUCAGCGGCUUCACGUGCCCCAAACCCGACAGCGACGCGCGCGCGACAUUCUGCUGCGGGUUCAAUGACGUCAAAUACUGCUGCGACGAUCCCAACAGCUUUUUCCCAUAUGAAUAUGGAUAUAUGUGGUGGCUUAGUUUGGGAGCUCUGGUUGGUUUGUCUAUUGCUGCUGUGGUGCUGCUAGCCUUCAUCAUCACUCUUUGUGUGCUUUGCUACCUGUUCAUCGCCACGAAACCCAGAGGGUUGGACAACGGACUGCCUCUAAGAGCACCAGGAUCUGGGGCCAGUCCUCAGGAGGGUCCGAGCCAAGUCAGCGUGCCGUCGGGACCGCAAGGUUUCCGCAAGCAUUUCCUAAGAGGCAAACUAGACUGUGACAACCAGCCGCCGGAUCCGGACCGGCUUUUCCAGCGCUGCUUCAUGGCUACGGUCACCACCAUCAAUGUAGAGGGACCGUCAUAAAGCCCUGGAGCUGAACAACAUCCCCCAGGAGUCCUUUCAGCCAAUCAUCAUGCGACUGAUGGAACAUUUUCAACCAUUCUGCUUUGAGGUUUUGGAUGCUGUAUCACAAACUGAAUCAAAUUAUUGAUCUAAAUCAUCAUUUUAAUUCAACCUCAAACCGUAUGCUUCUCGUAUACUCAUUAGAGCUGCACACAGGCUCUUUGGAUUUGUUUUUGAGGCAAGAAACUAAUUAAACCAUUAACAUUCAUCAAGACUUCAGUGUCAGUAUUCAGAACGGUAAUUGCUGCUUUAAAGAAAUAAUUAUGCUUUUUUAGUGUCCGCAGCUGAACCAAAGACACAAUUGAACUCAAAGAGUUUGUUGUUCCCGAAUACUGAGAAUUACUGUCUCUCAAACUGAGCGUUUACACCAGCACGUUCCUCCUUGGCCUCCGUACUAAUGGUGUCUUUAUAACAUCUUUGAGUGCCGUUUGAACAAUCUAGGGUUCAUCUCCUUCAGGAGUCGGUCAUUCGCCUGUUUGAGACGCGCUAUGUGCCUUCAAAGGCACUUUUCAGAAAGUUGAAGCUUUCAAAACCAACAAAUUAGUGCUGUCAAAUCAACUACCGGCAAUCACGAGUGAUCAUAUACUAAACUCACACAUAUAUUAUUUUAAUCCAUUUGAUAUUUGACUAUACUACAGCAAGUACAAUUCUCAUUUAAUCUCAUUAAAUAUCAAAUGCAAUGUUAUCUAACAUAACAGGGGCUGAAAGUAGCUAGUAUUAAACACAAACACUCCCUAAAAUGAUGAAUUUGGCCAGUCCCACAUGCUUUGCCUUGAAACCAAUUAGGAUUAUGCAAAAGGGACGACAUUUUUAUACACAGCUAAUCUGUUGAAUUAAUAUUGAAAUUAACUGUAAAGAUGACCGGUAGCCGUGCAUUUAACAGUGUCUGUAAUGCACAUCCCUGUUGCUGCUGAUUUUGCUGAAGAUUCCUUAAAAUUAUGGCACCCAGGAAGUGACAUCAUAUGGCGCGACUAAACUUUUUAAGAUUUGUAAAUAAUUUAAUUCCGAAGUUCCGAAGAAUUACCAAAGUUAUAAAAAGAAAACAAUCAAACAACAACUUACGUUUACGUUUUUAUUUUUAAAUCUUUUGUUUAUCAACUUAAAACAGAAUUAGGUGGUCCAUCCGUGUCAAGUAAUGUUUACAUUUUUAAUUUUAUACAUUUUAUACUGCUUUUUUUUUUUUUAUUAUUAUAUACUGUAUUUGAUUAUAUAAUUUUUUUUUUUACUUUGCAACUAUUUCAUUAUUGAUUUAUUCUAUUUAAUUUGACUGUUUACUCUCUGAUAUAAAUCAUUAUAAAUUGUCACAUCGGGGUUUUAUACGGAGGCGUAUUGCAUUCACUUGAAGAAAAAAAAAUCUACUCUGUUUUUCUGAA